AUGUUUAGAUUUAGCCUUUCGAAUCUGUAUAGGAGACUGACUGCAGGAAUGAUAAAAGAAUGCGUAAUAAAUAGGCUGAAUGGAUAUCUGGAGGGAAAGGUGGCUAGGCUGGCACCUGACCAAGUGACAUAUAAUCUGCUGCAUGGUAUAAUUAUAGCAGAGGAUAUUUGUUUGGAAGGAGAAUAUAUUAGUGGUAUAUUAGGAGUUCGUGUGGAAAAGUGUCAGAUUGGCUGUAUUAUUCUUAGGAGUAAUUGGCACCACCCAGAUAAGUCAUUGGAGUUAGUCGUGUCUGAUGUAAAAUUAAAGGUAAAUGCAACAGAGUGCAUGUGCGAAUACUCUAAGUCAUGCAUGAAGUGCCUGAAAAAAGAAGAAGUUCUUGUGGCAGGUGCAAUAAAAAGUAUGCUCACAAAGGUAUUUUCAGGUGCAAUUUCAUCUGCCACAUCAAAGAUGCAUAUUACCAUGGAGUCAAUUGAGGUGCAGGUUUUAUUCAGUAAGACAGUCGCUGUGUUCAUGAAGGCCCUGGAAAUAACAAAAAACAGCAAAGAGUAUUUGAUUAAGGCAGAGACAAAAUCAGUUACAGCAGCAGGAAUUAGUGCAGAUAAAAGUACAGUUACACUGGAUAUAUCACCAGGCCAUGCUAAUAUCAGUGCUGUCACAGGGACACUUUGCAUUGCCUCAGAAGAACUCAGCCCAGAAGAUGUGGCUGGCAUGCUUCACAUGAUAAAAUACUUCACAGAGACAGAGAACAAAGGAGAAAGUACAGAAGUACAGAUAGACUUAGCAGCAGAAGUUACUGUAUCAGAUAUUGAAGAAUUAAAUGAGACAGUACUUUCCUGUAAGAAGGCCCUACUGACUGUCACUAAGGAAGGAAUAUUAAAGGGAAAUAUUUCACUCUCCAUGGGGCACAGUGGAACAGAAGUCUUCAUGUGCAAGAAAGUGAAGGUUUUGAUCAAUCACCCAGAGGAGAUCCAUGGGACAAAAACCAUUAGGAUGCAUGUACCUAGUGCAUGCGCGAAUAUUUCAAUGGAUUUGGUAGAAGGCCUAGAGAAGUUGCACAGAAGAAUAAGCAAAUCCUUCAGUCUUCCAGCAGAAGAAAAAGAAAGAUCAUUAACCUGUGUGAUUACAAUAGGGCGUGCUUUAAUGAAUUUAAGCAUAAAUCAUUCUGAUAUAGGUAUUUCCACUAGAAAAGCAAUACUUCUCCUGGGAAAAGAAGAGAUAAUUAUGUGGCUCCAAGGAAAAUGCAUAUUAAAGAAUAGACUUGUGGCUACUUCCAUUCCGCAAGUAAGUGCAGAUAUCACCAUGCACGGAAAAUACUUGAAAGAGUUUUCCAUAGAGACAUUGAAUUCAGCAAUCUCAGAGUCCAUUGCAGAGACAGGCGUAGUAGUAUCCCUCUGUCUGCAAAGUAUAAUGAAAUAUGUAGACACAAGAAUAGUUUCAUCAGAGAAAUCUAUUCGCAUGAGUGAGUCUCUUGUGGGAAUAUCUAAGUGCAAUGUGUCAGUCAUGCAGGGCGGUGAAAUGUGUAAAUUUGUGGCAACAGACGUGUCAGUUAGAAGUGAUGCUGUGACAAUAGAUAAACUUGAAGUAAAAAGGGCAGAAGAAAUGGUUCUUUCUGUCUAUCCAGUACAAAUACUUCUGUGCGACAUGCCAGACAUAAUCCUCACAAACACAGAAAUAUUCCUGCCACAUGAUGAUAUCCUGGAGGGAAUCCUUCGGGACAUAAGAACCAUUCACUUUGUCAUGCAGAAAUUAAGCAAAGGGAAGUUGCAAAAUAAUAACUGCCAGAUGGUCCAUGCGAGUGAGAAAAAAGUAAAGAACCUUUCCAUGCGAAUUACUUGCAGGAAUACAAAUAUACAAGCAGGUGGAAGAGAUCUUCCUGUCUCAGUGUGUGCAUCUAAUGUAAUCUUGCAUAUUGAUGGACCUGUGCUUACAGCAUCAUUUGCAGCUGGAAUUGUCUGCAAAAACGGAAAUCUGAAGGUUUCUUGCCAAAAGAUGCUUUACACAGAAGAUACCAGAAAUCUAACAGGAGCCAUUUCAUGCACAGGAUCAAUUGAUGUGGAUCUGUAUGUCUUCCUGAUAAACAGAGUAUUUUUCAUCCUGAAUGCAUACACAAUAAUCACAGAUUACCCAAUAUUCGGUGUCCCAAGCAUACCCAGCCUAGCAUACUUAGCAUACAAUACAGAGGAAGAGAAAACAGAAAAAACUGAAGAUGCACCAGCAGAAGCAGAGAGACUAAUUACAGCAGUAGAAACAAAAAGUGACAUAAAAACAGCAGAUGAGAUAUCGAAGGAAAUAGUCAUUAGAAUAGAGGCAGAUGCAAGCAUAUACCUUCUUAAAGGUACAUCUACCCUUUGUAAAGUAAUUAGUAAGAUGGUAUUGCAAAUGGUAAAGGGUUCACUUUACACAGGAACUAUUUCCAUCACAAAUAUUCAAGCAUGGGCAGACGGUGCCCUUCUGUGCAGUGUGCCUUUGGUGAGUGUUGAUUUCGCAAAAAUAUCACACAUUGUAAAGACAGUUGAUGUAGUAGUAGAGAGAGUUGAAGCAUCUGAUGCAAUUGGGACAUUCCUUGAUAUAUUCGGGCUACUGACAAAGGUAAACUUCACAGCAGGUGUGCCUUCUGUCCCAACCCACCUGGAUAUAAAGUGCAAAGUAUCACAGGUUAUUGUUCAGUCAGGAAGGUCUUUAAUUACAGUUACGCAAGUGGCCCUGGUUAAUGUAUAUGCACAGCUCUAUCUUAUGCUGCAUCUUGAUGGAGAGCCUGUGCUUGAGUCACCCGUCAAGGUGAGCAUCAGAAAUAGUCCAAAUGAAAUGCAAGAAAUUCACAUCUCCACAGGAGCCAUAGAAAGUACGCUUAUUGAUCAGACCAAGAGCAAGGAAAUAGUUGAUCUUCUGAAUAGACUUAAUCUAUCUAGGGCACAGAAGUAUUCGAUCCCUGGGGACUGCAUAACCCGAGUAGAAUGUCCUUUGAUAUCAGUGAAGAUGCAAAAACCCCCAAUUAAGACAGAAAUAGUACAGAUGUCCAUGGAAAUAGUCCAAUUAAGCAAAGAGCCAUCUGCUGCUGUGGAAGGAUCUGCAAUGUGCCGGAUAUUUGUGCAGCUGGAAGAUGCUCCAAUCUAUGAAGUAAUGUGCGAAACAUUCCCUAUGGAUAUUUCCAUUCAGUCACAGGUUGGCAUGGAGAAGGAAAGCACAGGUUUCUGCAGUCUGCCAUUCACAGAAGGAAAAAAGGAAGAAGCACUUAGGGUUGCCUUUAUCUCCUUUGUCACCAAGGAUAUUGUGCGAAUUCGUCUAAGCAAAAGGAUUGUUGAAGCACUGAAGCAGACAGAAAGGAAAGUGUCUACAACAAAUCUAACGAACAAAAUAAUUUCAAUAAACGGGACUGCCCUGGUUCCUUUGUCAACCACAGUGACAAAGAACAAGAAGCUAUUGAUUACAACAGAAUCACAGGAAGUUCUUUUUGAAACAAAUUCUCGUCAAGAUAAAAAAGCCGUUCAAGUCUCAAAGAAUCUUUUCCUGGGAACAUUCCGGGAGUCAGCCGUGGAAAUCAGGGGAGCCACAAACUUCAAAAAUACAACGGAUAUGCCUUUGUUCAUCCACACAAAAGAGAGCAGAAUUGUGCUCCCUGCAUUCUCAGAGUGCUCUGAUACGUCCUUUCUCAUGGAAUUUCAGGCAACCGUUGAAGAUAGUGCAGAGUCAGUGGCAGUUGCAUUCACAGUCCCAGAGAACUCAGCAUCAGAAGGGAUAGAAGUAAUUGGGUCAUACAGGAUAGAGCACAAUGAGUCAUACAUCACUGUAGUGUGCCUAUUUGAAGUGGUCUCUGGUCUGCCAAUUAUCCAUUAUUUCUUCCAUCAUGACAUCGUCAUACAGAACUUGUCUCUCUCACAGGCAUCUUUCGAGAUGAAAAUUAGUGCAAAAUCAAGCACAGAGAAGAUCAUGGGAGUAGCAAGACCUGGGGAAACAAAACAAAUAUCUGGGAAGAUGCACCCGGAGAGAGCAAAAAAGGUACGCUUAAGGAUAAAUGGAACUGCAGACUUAAUUCUGCACCCAAAUGAUUCAGCCUCUAAGGUGACUGUCUCCAAGGGAGUUCUUGCAACAAAAGAAGCAAAAAAUGUCGUUGUAAGUGGUCAGUCCGUUGAUAUUGGUAUUGUACAAGUAACAAUAUACCCGGUUCUCAUUGCCAUAAACAAGACACAGGAUGAUUUAUACCUGAAAUCUGGGAGCAGACUCUGCCGCCUUCUGCCAGAACAGCAGACAGCCGUAGUGACCUCCAAGGACAGACAUGCAAUUGUUCUGAACAGAAGUGAAAGUGUCGGGUUUAGCUCAAAGAUCCAGUACAACACGAUCUUCCUGGAUAUAAAGACAGAUUUCCAAAUGAACUAUCUGAUGAACAUCUACCAAGGACACGGGGCAAAGGAAAAGAUCAAAUAUGCCGUUGUAGAAUACGCCAGUGUAAUUGAAAAUAAGACAGGACUCUCACUAACAAUUGUGACAGACCGUGAAUUUACAUGUGGACUUGGGGAAAGAGUCCCAAUGCACUUCCCAAGGAAGAAGCUCAGCAGCUGGAUACGACUGGGUGACCCAAGGGAUGACUUAAGGGCAUCCCCAGGGAUGCACACAGAUAUCUCUGAUUAUAUUCUUGAUUUGGAAAAAUCCGUUGAUGCAAGUUAUCUUCCACUGGAGGGCCUUAAAAAGCACUUUGUCAAAUUGAACACAGCAGAAAAGGCCUUCUCCACAGCAGGAAUGCUUUCUUCCGUGAUCACAAGCAAGUCUUCCAUCUACAUGAGCAGCACAAGUUCCCUCUCUGCAAUACACGGAAUCCCAGAAGAAGCAGACCCGAAUGCACAAGCCACAAAUAAUUCAAUCCUUCUGUCAAUCACCAUCCAGACAAAUAAUGCACAAAGGGUUAUUCUAAUUGAAAAGGAAACCGUAUGGCCAUAUCUCAUCAAGAAUAUGUCACAAAAGACCAUGCAAUUCUCACAGAAAGGCCAUCCAAUUGAAUAUAUUCUGCAGCCAAAUGAAGUACUCCCUUAUUAUUGGGACAGUUUCAAGGCACAGCCUGCAUUUAACGUGCAAAUUGACGGCUGCACCCUGGAAAUAUCCACAUUCUCUGUUGUCUCCUCAGAAGGCUACAAGGCAACACUUUCAUCAGAGAGACAGAUAAAAGUUCUCACAGUCACUGAACAAACACAAGACCCAGGGACUGACCCAUCUGCAGGCCAAGGUAUUCUCACUAAAAUCAGGACAGGCAGAGUAUCCAUCAGUCUGAUCGACCAAAAUCACUCUGAAUUUGCAGCCCUGCAUCUCUUCAAUAUUCACCUACUAUCACUCUUUUCACAAAAUGGACUAGAAUUCCUUCUAAAACUAGAUAGUUUCCAGAUGGAUAACCAAGAGGCAAAAGGAUACUACCAUAUACCCUUACAUACACCAAUUACAUCAGAUGUCUUGUCUGUCUCUGGGUGGAUUAUGAAUAAGAUGACUAUCCGGUAUAUGAGCAUAGUAGUUCUUCCUGUGGUUUUGGAGAUAGAAGAAGUCUACAUGAAAAAGGUAAUACAGCACUUUGUCCCAUUGGAUGAACCCUUGGAGAACCCAAAGUACUUUACAAUGUGCAGUAAGUGCCAGUUAAUCAACUGCACAUGUACUUAUCCAAUCCAUACAGAGCCAAUGUCCUUCUAUACUGCCCUAGGGUACUUUAAGAUUGAAGCAAUCAAAUUUAAGUGUUCCUUCAGGCGGGCAUCCCAUGGGUCAAUUGUCCCAUUGGCAUCUGUCUUCUGCAAUAUCACAAGCAGCAAAGUCUCACUGCCUAGCAUAGAACUAUUUGAUACAUACGCACGUACGCAUGAAAUAUUUCACAUCAUAGGGAGAAUGUACAAGAGAGGAUUUAUCCGGAAUAUUGUCUCUUUGGUCUUAUCUGCAGAUGUAGUAGCCAGUCCAGGUGAAUUAUUUGAUAAACUAGGGAUGGGUGUCCAUGACUUAAUAUACGCCCCAUACAGGGCCCUUGAUAAUCCUGCAAUUCUAUCCAGACAGCUUCUUAAAGGAGGGAAAAGUCUGGCUACAAAUGUGGUCACAGGUGUAGCUGGUUUCGUUGGAAAUAUAAUGGGGAAAUUCUCACAGAAAUUAGCAGAUAUCUCCAUGGAUGAGUCCUUUGCAGAAGCCAUCCGGGAGACAAGUUGCAUAUACGUGGAUGAACUAGAAUUAGGUCUACCAGGUCAUAAGACACAUCUCUCCAAGGCAGGUGAAAAGUUCAUGGGUUCUGUUAUCAGUGGAUUUAAAGGAGUUCUUCAUAGUCCCAUACAAGGCAGAAGAUCAAAUGGUCUUAGUGGCAUGGUGCAGGGUAUGGGGAAGGGCCUAAUUGGGGCAAUAAUCAAGCCCAUAUCAGGCGCAGUUGGUCUUAUGCAUGGUCUAUCCACUAGCAUAACAGGCGUACUUGGGAAUGAUAAGCCACUUCUACGGAUACAACUACCCCGUGCACCCCCCUUGGACAGUGCACCCACAGAAUACGAAGUUGAAAGAAGUUCUUACUACAGGGCGUACAUUGUUCUUGUUAAAAGUCCAGGUGUAAAGUGUGAGGAAAUCUUCUUGACAGGUGGAAUAUGCAUAAAGGAAUAUACGGGAUGGUAUAUUUUAAUCACAAAUACACGGGUUAUUUUCUACAACAGAGAAGAAGUUGAAGAAAUAUUUGGUGUAGCAGUUGCACACGAGGAUGACAAGAAUACUUUAUUGACAGUCAGUGGGAUUAGAAUAUAUCUGGAGGGUCUUCGAGUAUACCGUGAGUUAGGAAGGUACAGUAGUUCCAUGGUGGCACCUUCUAGUGGUUCUAGUCUUCCUGUGUUGUAG